AAACUUCCAGUUAGUUUGACAAAAUUAGCAAAACAACACGAAAGAAAGAAUUUCAUAAAAAUGACGUUUGUCAUGAACGACGUGAAGAUCUCCCCGGACACGAAGGACUUGCUGUUUGAUAAGCAUGUUGAGUACAUUUCCAACUACGGGAAGGAUAAGAAUGAAUACGAAUACCAUAUGACGGAAUUCCUGAGGAUGUCAGGGAUUUACUGGGGUGUCACAGCAUUGGAUCUCAUGGGAGAGCUUGAUAAGAUUGACCGGGAUACGGUGGUGGAGUUUGUGAAGAAAUGUCAGUGUCCUAUUUCCGGAGGUAUUGCUGCAUGCGAUGGGCACGAUCCCCACAUCCUUUACACCCUCAGUGCUGUUCAGAUCCUCUGUAUAUACGACUGCCUUCAUGAGAUUGACACGGAGGCUGUGGUGAGGUACGUUGUCAGUCUCCAGCAACCAGAUGGGAGUUUUUUCGGUGAUAAAUGGGGAGAAGUUGACACGAGAUUCUCCUUCUGUGCCGUGGCAACCCUUGCGCUCCUGAACAAACUGGACACCAUAGAUCUCCCAAAGGCCGUGGACUUUGUCAUGUCCUGCUGCAAUCCCGACGGAGGUUUCGGUUCCAAACCCAAUGCAGAGAGUCAUGCUGGAUUGGUGUACUGCUGCGUGGGCUUCCUCUCCAUCACCAAUCAACUGCACAGGCUGGAGUGUGAUAAACUCGCGUGGUGGCUCUGCGAACGGCAACUCCCGAGUGGUGGCCUCAAUGGUCGUCCGGAGAAGUUGCCCGAUGUCUGCUACUCGUGGUGGGUACUCUCAUCCCUCUCCAUCAUGGGUCGCCUGCACUGGAUUAGUGCUGAAAAGCUCCAGCAGUUCAUUCUGUCGUGUCAGGACAACGAAACAGGCGGUUUCAGCGAUCGAACUGGCAAUCUUCCGGACAUCUUUCACACACUCUUCGGUUUGGGUGCUCUAUCGCUCCUUGGCAGUGAUCAGCUGAAGAAAGUUAAUCCCACUUUCUGCAUGCCCGAAUACGUGUUGCAGAAAUUCAAUCUAAAGCCCCAAAUCCUCGUCUAACGUUGCAGAAAAUUCGCACAUUCCGAUAAAUUGCAGGAUUUCAGUGUUUUAAUUUUAAUUUAUCAAAUAAAUUGCAAAUGGCUUUAAA